AACGAGUCAAAUCCUUCAUUGCAUUACAGCCUCCUUCUUCAGGAUUCCUGCAUAUACUGAAGACAAGCCAAGACAUCCAGCCUUGUGGACUGAGCAGCAUCUGGAGUCUUCAGCCUUCCGUUCCUAGGCAGCCACUGUUGGACAAGCUGAGCCACAGCCUGUUGUUCUUCCCUCCUGUAGCCUGGGCACCCGGUGAGCUGUAAGGAAAGCUGUCAGGAUCCCCUGAGCGACACCAAGACCACAGCUGUCAUGGGCUCCCCAGAGGGGAAAGGCUUCAUCAUGUCUGUGGUUGAGUACCUCUGGAACACAUGGAGCACAGAGGCCCUGCAGCUCCUGCCGACCAAAGACGGAUUUGGAAAACAACUUGUGGAAAGAGCUGGUUUGUCCAGUUUCUCUCCAUUUAAUUUGAUGUUUGCUGUCAGCUUGUUGUUUAUUGUUUAUAUUAUAUUUAGGAAAGUGAAAGAUGCCUCACGUGAGAAGGAAAGGUUUUUGGAAGUUUAUCCUCAGGUGAAACGGGAGCUUGAGGAGAGCAUCAGGAAGCUCCAUGCCCUUGCAGACAAGAUUGACAAGGUUCACAGGGACUGCACCAUCACACAAGUGGUGGCCAGCUCCACUGGUGCUGUGUCUGGGGUCCUGACGAUCCUUGGUUUCGCUCUGGCACCUGUGACAGCAGGAGUCAGUCUGGGGCUUUCAGCCACAGGCUUGGGGCUUGGGGCAGCAGCGGCUGUGACAAGUGUUUCCACAACCAUUGUGGAAAAGGUGAGCACAGCGUCGGUGGAAGCUGAAGCCAGCCAGUUUCUGCCAAGGAGCAACGACACUGAGAAUGACAUUAAAAGCAACAACACUGAAAAGGACAUUAAAGAAGUUGUGAAGAAGAACACCCCCAGGCUUAUUUCUGUAACUAAGAAUUCCUUCCGGAACCUGGAAGGCAUGAAGAAGAACAUUGAUGCCAUCAAGCUGACCAAAGUCAACCCUUGCCUGGCAAAUAAUGCCAAGCGUCUUAUGACCACAGGGAAGGUGUCAGCCAAAAACACUACACAGGUGAAGAAAGCCUUUGGAGGCACUGCGCUGGCAAUGACCAAAGGAGCCCGGAUCAUGGGUGCGGCCACUGCAGGUCUCUCUCUUGUGACAGAUGUGGUCAGCCUCAUAGAUGACUCAAAGCAUUUGCUUGAGGGUGCAAAGGCAGAGUCUGCUGAAAAGCUGCGGCAGCAGGCUAAGGACCUGGAGCAGAAGUUGCAGGAGCUCAUCCGGGUUCAUGACAUCCUGACUCAAUGACCUCUUCCUCAGUGCAGCUCAGAGGACUGGGGGUGGGGUGUGCUGGACAGAGCCAUGGACACUUGAUGGCUCCUGAAUGUAUCCUCUUUAUAUCAAUGCCAUAACAGUGAUAGUGCCUGCUAGAGGAGAGGCCACAUUAAGAGAAAGGAAGCCAGAACAGAGGUGGGACAGGCUUGUGAUCUCCCACUACACUUCACCGCCCUUUUAGAUCCAAAAACCUCCAGCAUCCCACAUAAGGACCACGGUCCCAAGCUGGGGAGCACAACCAAGGCCUGACUAAGCCACAGCAUGGUUGCUCCCCAGUCACACCCCCACACUGCUCUUAACAGAGGCUCACCAUCCUCACAGUUCCCUGAGCUGCCAUCUUUCCCACUGCUUUCUGAUAGAGACUUCUCCUCCUUCCUAGUUCUGCCUAAUUCUGUGUUUUUCCAAUUAUUUCACAAUCUUACAAUCAGACUCUGGGUGUGAAACCCAUUUCAUUCUUCAUGGUUUGGUCAUGUGGAGUGAUGGAGAUUUUGGUAAAAUGCUCAGAGGAUAGACAGGAAGGGAUGCUGGGGACAUCAUCUGCAGGGUCAUCACAGGUUCUUGUUCUAUGUGCCAGCCGUGGGCUCUACAGCACGGAGGGGUGACAGGAUGUGGCUGGUGAGUUCUGCUCUCUGCAAGCAGACUCUUGGAGGAAUCACAAGGCUUAAUUCCUACUGAAAUUUAAAAUCUGCUGUAUUUGGAUGAGAUCUGUUGAGAUGCACAUGAAAACUACACUUGCUCCAUAAUAUUUGAAAAAUUAAUUUGUAAACAAUGCAAACACCAACCUGGUCAUGCUUUGUGUUUUGUGAAAAUGAUAUCAUGUGUUUUCUAGAUUGUUGACUAAAGAAAGUUGAUAAUUGUC